CCCGCUGCCUCCGUAGAGGUCGUGACGUCAUCGUGGCGCGCCGCGGGCACGGGCCGGGAUGCAGCGGGCGGCGCUGAGCGCGGUGUGCGGGGCGGCGCGGGCCCUCCCGGCCCGGUUCUUCCGCGUGUCCCCCCCGGUGCUGGCGGCGGACAAGGAGGCGCUGCUGGAGCUGCGGCGGCGGACGGGGCUGCCGUUCAUGCAGUGCCGGGAGGCCCUGCUGCGCUGCGGGGGGGCCCUGGCGCAGGCGGAGGCCUGGCUGCAGGAGGAGGCGCAGCGGCGGGGCUGGAGCCGGGCCAGCACCGUGCGGGACCGUCGGGCACAGGAGGGGCUGGUGGGGCUGCUGCGGGAGGGGACGGCGGCCGUCAUGGUGGAGGUGAACUGCGAGACGGAUUUUGUGGCCAGAAACGCGGAAUUCCAGCGGCUGGUGGAGGCGGCGGCGCUGGGCACCAUGGCCCUGUGUCAGGCCACCGCCGCGCCCCAGGACGGCUGUGCCAAGCACCUGCUGCAGGAGGAGGAGCUGGCUCAGCUCCGGACAGGACCUGGGGGGGGGCUGCUCAGUGACCACAUCGCGGUGGCCAUAGGGAAGCUGGGGGAGAAGCUGGCGCUGCGGCGCGCGGGGUGGCUGCGGGUGCCGCAGCGGGACGGGUUCAUCGCCGCCUACGCCCACGGGUGGCUACCGGCCACCGCCCCGGUGGCCAUGGGCACCUACGGGGCGCUGGUGGCCUGUCAGGUGACGGAACCCCAAGCCCCUGCGGCCACCUUGGAGGAGGUGGGGCGGAAGGUGGCCCAGCACGUUGUGGGGCUGGCGCCCACGGCCGUGGGGAGCCCCCAGGACGAGCCCCGCGGCGAGGAGGAGACGCGGCUGCUGGCCCAGAGCUUCCUGCUGGAGCCGGAGCUGAGCGUGGGGCAGUUCCUGCAGCGGCACCGGGCGCUGGAUGUCCGCGACUUCCUGCGCUUCCGCUGCGGAGAGGAGACCCACGGCCAGACCCACGGCGAGGAGACCCACGGCCACGACCAGACCCACAGCAGCGAGGGGACCCACGGCCGCGAGGGAAACUACAGCAAACCAGCGGAGAUGGGGUAGUGGCAGGGGAACCCGCAGCGAGUUCUGCCCACACCUCCAGGUCAGGAUCAGCCCCAGAGCGAGCUCAGCCCUACGCGGAGCUCUGCCCCACACCGUAGGUCCAGAUCGGCCCCACAGCGAGCUCAGCCCGACGGCUGUGGGUCAGGAUCCAGCCCCAUGCUCUGUGUCUGGCUUAGCCCCAUGCCUUGGGUCUGGAUCAGCCCCGUGUCGAGCUCUGCCCCACAUCUCUGGGGCAGAAUUGGCCUCACGUUGAGCUCAGCCCCACAUCUCUGGGUCUGGGUGGGGCCUUCAGUCGACACCCCGGCUGUGUGUGGGGGGGGCUUGGGGGGUGUAUUGGGGGUGUCACCGUGUGAGCCCCCCCGGACGAGGCAGAAUAAAACCAUGGAGGAACCGGCCCCCGGUGCUUUGUGGGGUGGG